GAUUUGCAUGCGGCCGCCGCGGCCGCUGCCUGCGCCCGAGCCCGCCGCCGCCGCCGGAGCCCGCGCCCGCGCCCGGCCCGCGCGGCCUCAUGCCUCUAGCGCGGCCCUCGGGGGGGCGAAGGUGAAGACCGGCUCCUAGGAUGAGUGAAGGGGCGGCCGCUGCUUCGCCACCUGGAGCCGCUUCGGCAGCCGCCGCCUCGGCCGAGGAGGGCACCGCGGCGGCUGCGGCGGCGGCGGGCGGGGGCCCGGACGGCGGCGGCGAAGGGGCGGCCGAGCCCCCCCGGGAGUUACGCUGUAGCGACUGCAUCGUGUGGAACCGGCAGCAGACGUGGCUGUGCGUGGUUCCUCUGUUCAUCGGCUUCAUCGGCCUGGGGCUCAGCCUCAUGCUCCUCAAAUGGAUCGUGGUGGGCUCCGUCAAGGAAUACGUGCCCACCGACCUGGUGGACUCCAAGGGGAUGGGCCAGGACCCCUUCUUCCUCUCCAAGCCCAGCUCCUUCCCCAAGGCCAUGGAGACCACCACUACGACAACUUCCACCACGUCCCCAGCCACCCCCUCCGCCGGUGGCGCCGCCUCUUCCAGGACGCCCAACCGGAUUAGCACCCGCCUGACCACCAUCACGCGGGCGCCAACUCGCUUCCCCGGACACCGGGUGCCCAUCCGGGCCAGCCCGCGCUCCACCACAGCACGGAACACUGCGCCCCCCCCGACGGUCUUGUCCACGACAGCCCCUUUCUUCAGUAGCAGCACUCCAGGCUCCAGACCCCCGAUGCCAGGAACCCCCAGUACGCAGGCCAUGCCCUCCUGGCCCACUGCGGCAUACGCUACCUCCUCCUAUCUUCAUGACUCCACUCCUUCCUGGACCCUGUCUCCCUUUCAGGAUGCUGCCUCCUCCUCCUCCUCUUCCUCGUCCUCCUCCCCUACCACCACCACGCCAGAAACUAGCACCAGCCCCAAAUUUCCUACGACAACAUACUCCACCGAGCGAUCUGAGCACUUCAAACCCUGCCGAGACAAGGACCUUGCCUACUGUCUCAACGAUGGCGAGUGCUUUGUGAUCGAAACCUUGACCGGAUCCCAUAAACACUGUCGGUGCAAAGAAGGCUACCAAGGAGUCCGUUGUGAUCAAUUUCUGCCGAAAACUGAUUCCAUCUUAUCGGAUCCAACAGACCACUUGGGGAUUGAAUUCAUGGAGAGUGAAGAAGUUUAUCAAAGGCAGGUGCUGUCAAUUUCAUGCAUCAUCUUUGGAAUUGUCAUCGUGGGCAUGUUCUGUGCAGCAUUCUACUUCAAAAGCAAGAAACAAGCUAAACAAAUUCAAGAGCAGCUGAAAGAGCCACAUAAUGGUAAAAACUACAGUCUCAAAGCAUCCAGCACGAUGGCAAAGUCAGAGAACUUGGUGAAAAAUCAUGUCCAGCUGCAAAACUAUUCAAAGGCGGAAAGGCAUCCUGUGACUGCAUUGGGGAAAAUGAUGGAGUCAAGUUUUGCCGGGCCCCAGUCAUUCCCAGAGGUCCCUUCUCCUGACAGAGGAAGCCAAUCUGUCAAACACCACAGGAGUCUCUCCUCAUGCUGCAGCCCAGGGCAAAGGAGUGGUAUGCUCCACAGAAACGCCUUCAGAAGGACACCCCCUUCUCCCAGAAGUAGGCUGGGCGGAAUUGUGGGACCAGCAUAUCAGCAACUCGAGGAAUCAAGGAUUCCCGACCAGGAUACAAUACCUUGCCAAGGGAUAGAGGUCAGGAAGACUAUAUCCCACCUGCCUAUACAGCUGUGGUGUGUUGAAAGAUCCCUGGACUUAAAGUAUUCAUCCAAUGGUUUAACAACCCAACAAAAUGCAUCAAUAAAUAUGCAACUGCCUUCAAGAGAGACAAAUUCCUAUUUUAAUAGUUUGGAUCAAAAGGACCUGAUGGGAUAUUCAUCCCCAAGGGCCAGUUCCGUACCCAUCAUCCCCUCAGUGGGUCUAGAGGAAACCUGCAUGCAAAUGCCAGGGAUUUCUGAAGUCAAAAGCAUCAAAUGGUGCAAAAACUCCUACUCUGCUGAUAUUGUCAAUGUGAGUAUUCCAGUCAGCGAUUGUCUCAUAGCGGAACAACAAGAAGUGAAAAUAUUGCUAGAAACUGUCCAGGAGCAGAUCCGAAUUCUGACUGAUGCCAGGCGGUCAGAAGACUAUGAACUGGCCAGCGUAGAAACCGAGGACAAUGCGAGUGAAAACACAGCCUUUCUCCCCCUGAGUCCCACGGCCAAAUCAGAACGAGAGGCACAAUUUGUCUUACGAAGUGAAAUACAAAGAGACCCUGCACUGACCAAGUGACUUUGAGAUAUAGGAAUCUGUGCAUUCUAUGCUUUGCUCAACAGGAAAGAGAGGAGAUUAAAUACAAGUUAUUUAUAUGCAUUAAUUUAAGAGCAUCUACUUAGAAGAAACCAAAUAGUCUAUCGCCCUCAUAUCAUAGUGUUUUUUAACAAAAUAUUUUUUUAAAGGGAAAGAAAUGUUUCAAGAGGGAUAAAGCUUACCUAAAGCUUUUGGGUAGAAUUCUGAGUACAAUUUCAGUUAGUCCCAAUACCGUCCUCUUUGGCUCUUAGUAGAUGUGGGCAAAUCAGAUCCUCCGCCCCACAGCGCCAGUGGCCUAUAAAAAAGCACUGGCAGUUACCCAGUUUCAGUGAGAUGAGCUGUGCCCUGAGGGCAGACAUGCCAGUGAGCAGGUGUCCCUUGCCAUUUGGCUUGCCAAUCCCAAACCCUAAAUUUCUAUUCACUCGACAGCCUCAUCACAGGUUAUGUCAUGUCAACAAAUGUAGUGUUUUCUAUUUACUUUUUGAAGAAUGGCUAAAAGACUCUGGAAGGAGAAAGGCAGGAGGUAGAGGGAGUCACAGGGCAAUCUUAGCCACUCUUAUGUGCCAGCUUCCUCUGAAAUUUGAAGGCACAGGAUCUCAGAGGAAGGUACGAAAUUAUUGCGGAAAAAGAGACAAAAACAUCAACGUUGUGUCAUUAAAAUCAUGCUAGGAGAAAUGUUUUUCUUUAAGAUUGUUUAGGGGCUCCAAAGGAGCAUUUCUCAGUGUGUGUGUGUGUGUGUGUGUGUGUGUGUGUGUGUGCCUGUGUGUGUUUGUGUGUGUGUGUGUGUGUGGGCUUGCUCAUUCGAGCACCGGUAUGCUAUAUGCACAUGUGUUCAUUGUGCAUAUGUGUGUGCAUGUGUGUGUGUGUAUUAAGCUUGCUAAAAUUUGUUCUGAAACAUCAGGGAAUCUAAUAUUCAGAAAAAAAUUUCCCUCUUAGAUCUGUCCACUUUCAAUUUUUCCAUUAAGUAUAAAGUUCAGUUAGUAAAUCAAGGUCACUUGCAUGAUGGGGGUCCUGUAAAACUCUCGACAAUGUCUAGACCAUUUCUGAUGUGAAUAUUUUUGAGAGGAACAACUAUUGGCUCAUUAAUGAUAACAGUACCACAAGGCAAGUUGGGGAUGUGUGUUUAAUUUGAAUCAUGCAUACUUAAAUUAUUUAUAAAAGCCAGUAAUCAAAUUGAUAGUUAUCCAUUGCUUUCUCAUCAUCCUCAUUACUAUUUAUUUUGUAGCAAGUCUACUACGUGUGGACCAAGACAUUGGCUUCUGUGGUUAAUACGGAAAGAAUAAAUUGUUGAAAACACAAAGCCCAGACUAUUCAGUUCACAGGAAGCCCCCAAAAGAACAGUAAAUUGUGCUGUAUGUUCAUUUGGAAUAAAGCAAUAUUUUUUCCACUGCUAAGGUGAACUGAAACUUCUCCUGAAGAUCUGUCUGUUUUAUUUACCCUUAUUUUCAUGGGGCAUUCAAAGAAAUUAGUGUUCACAUAACCAGUCUUUUUCCAGUAUUGGUGGUGUUGAGUUGUUAUGUUUACACUGUUUUAAAUAAAAAGGCACAGUAUUUGAAAG